AUGCAUGCUUCAGCUCAGGUACUAAUCCCCAAAGACACCGGCUUAACGGAUGCAACCUGUAUCAAGAGGCUGCUUGAAUCGCAAGAUCUAUGGGUGUCCCAUGCCCCCGAACUCAAACUCUACAUCUCGAUCAGUGUCGCUUUGUUCGAUCACCUCGACGAUGUCCAGACUCCAGUCCACAUUCAGACUGUUAAUUUGUCUACAGUCAACGCAUUCAUGUCCUUCACUUCCAAAACCGAAAGCGCACAGCUAUAUAUACUAGAUACAGACUCUUUGACAAAACCGAAUUUGCACACACAAGACACCAUAUUCUUUGGUCCCCAACAAAGCGUAUAUAAAGAAAGCUCCGAAGACACUCAAGUCACAUCCUUCGUCGACGAGCUAGAAGAGUUGCAUGAAAGUGAACAAGUCUCCUCGCUUCUCACCCCUCAAGAAGGAUUCUUCGAGAGAGCUUCUCCAGCUGGGCAGCAUGAACAGCUAUACGAUCUCUUCAAGGUCGGCCUCGAAUCGCUUCUAUUCGGACGCACUUCAUCAACCAACCAUAGCGAUCUCCAAAAUAAGACCCUGCAGCCUCUUUCACAAAUUGCACCUUCAGUCUUCAGCCCGAACUACCACAAGGAAAUGAGUCAACGGUCACAUCUAAUUCCCUCAAUAACGAAAUCAAUCUCAUCCAUACUCAAACUCCCCAACCAUCAAUCUCUGCAAUCCAAACUAAGCAAUCUAAAUCAUAAUAGCACGCCCCGACCCUCUACAACAGAAACAGACACAAACAGUAUUAGGAAUAAUAUAAGUACAGCACUCUUCCGCAUCGCCCAGAAACAACUCUACAAGCCACAAGCAUCCCGAAAUCUGCGCUUUCAGACCCCAUCACCUAACAUUCAAUGCAAGGACCAGCCAUCGCAAAUCGGAGAAAGAGUUUCCAGAGAUCUAAUAUAUUCUUCCGAUGGAGAAGAGGAACUUCUUCGGUUCAGUGAGCCCGAUGAGGAUAGUAGCUGCGCGAUGUUAUCUACUACUGCUGCUGCUGCACCUUCUUCAUCAUGCGGGUCACUGCCGUUUUCUCAAGAUGAUUGCGAAGAUGAAAAUGAUGAUAUUAUGUCCGAUCGAUUCAGUGGAAAUGAUAUGGAUCACACCCUGUUUUCGGAUGAUAUGGCAAAAUUUGAAGAAUUUGGAGAUGACAACGAUGACGAUGAUAUGCUCUGCGGUAGUUUUUGA